AUGAAGCUAGCAAGUAUAUUAAUUGUCUCUUUCUUUCUUGGUCUGUUUUUAACUGUUGUUCUAUCGGAUAUGGAAAAUAAUGAUGUGGAUUUCAUCGAUGAUAAUCAUCUUAUAUCCAAACGAAGUACAUUUAAUCAAGGAUAUGAUGAUAAUGAACCACAAUCACCAGGUCAAUGUGUCCGAUGUAAAUUUGGUAUUAUUCGUUGUUGUUAUCCAAAUAUUUGUGUUAAAAAACAUUUGCGGCCAGAUAAAUGUCUUCGUAUAAAGAGUGGCUAA